GGCCUAUUCCCUAUUGAAGUUGCUUUUGUCUCUGUCAAGAUAUUAAGUUAGCUCAGUUUUAUAAAAGCAAAAGUCAUUGUAUAAAAAUUAGUAGUCAAUCAUCUAGGCUAUUACAGUCGUCAAGUUAAUUGACUGGUUGCUUUCUGGGAAUGAUAACAUAUAUUGGUUUGAAAAGUCAUUGAAUUUAUCAAUUAUAAGAAACCAGUAAGAUAAAUUUUCAAAAGGAAUUUCUUUUGUCCAUCAUGUCCAAGAAAACUAAAUUAAUUCAAGAUUAUCUGUUUGAAUAUGAUAAUGUGAUAGUCUAACUUAAUACAUCAACUAAAACAAAUUUUGUGGAUAUACUGUAUAAACAACUUUUGCUGUUAAAAAUGUCUUCUAGUGAUUCAAAAAGUGAGACAAAACCCAAAUACAGAAAAACGCAUCCAGAAAUGCCUUUAGAUAUUUGGGUAGAGGAGAGGAAAAACAAAGAUAAUGUGAAAUUUUAUAAGUCAAGAAUGAGUUUAUCUUCCAAGUAUCCUCAAUUACGAGCUGAAGGUUUUGUCUUAUUCUUGCAGACAAAACCACAAGUAGAUCUGUUGAAAAAACACGGUGAAAAUCUUGUCUGCAUCGAUAAACAAAGCGGUGGCUAUUACGAAGUACUAACUGUUAUCAUAAUUGAUAAUUUAGGGCAUAGUUUCCCUUGUGCGUCUGUUUUCACUGACAGGGUAGACCAAGCGGUAGUGGAGGUCUGUUUUAGUGAGAUAAAGUCUGAAAUAGGAAACGUGAAGGUUCAAAUACUCAUGGCUGGCAAGGACCAAUUCAUUACUGAUACAUGGAAUCAAGUUAUCGAGCGACCAGAAAAAACUGUAAUUAGCUCAUGGGAGAUAUUCAAAGAAUGGAAAACAAAACUGAAUGACCUGGUGAAAAAUAAAAAUAAACAAUCAGUUAUACUUAAACAGCUGAAAUCUCUUCUAAAUGAAGAAGAAAAGGAAAUAUUCAAACAAGAGUCCAAUAAGUUGGUGUCCGAACUAAUAGUUGAUGUAGAAACGGUGCAAUUUGCUCUGUACUUAUCUGGAGACUAUUUUCAAAAUAUAAAUUCUUGGGCACCAUGUUUUUGCUUUGAGGAAAAUUUUAAAUUCGACUAUGAAAUGGAGAUUAUGCAUGAGACCUUUAAAAAUGUUUUGCGAGACAAAACUACAGGGAGACUCGAUAGAGCUUUAAACAACAUCUUGGAGUUGACGAGGAGUAAAGUGUACGACCGUUUACUGUUAAUGAGUGGUGGAAAAUCAAAACUGAACGCUUUGGCUCACAAACAUGAUUACGCUCAGAAACAGAAUUUCAGCAUAAUACAAAAGGAAAGUCACUGGAUCGUUGACACCUUGUCUGGAAAGAAAGAAAAGACAAAAAUCCGAUUCAGAGACAAAGACUGCAAAUGUGUACAGAAAUGUAAUGCCUGCGGAGUUUGUUCUCACGUGUACAUGUGUUCUUGUGCCGACUCAAGCGUAAGGUUAAACAUGUGUCGACAUAUUCAUGGCCUAUGUAUGCAUCUAACAACAGGUAAAAUUGAACUAUCCGUGAGCGAUAGUGAAGAGUCCGAUGUAGAAACUAAAUAUGUACCGGUAGUAAAGUCUAGAAAUAUAAAGACUUUAAAAAAAGACAAGAAGAUAACACAGCAAGACAUAUUACAUGAAACGAGAUUGCAAGAAACAGUAGUAGAAGAAACAGGAUUAGAAGAAACAGGAUUACAAGAAACAGGAUUACAAGAAGAUGGACAAGAAGAUUACAUUUACUGCCAGGUUAUUGAUGACUCAUUAUUAGUUUAUGAAAACGAGAGUGGAGUCGUCUAUACAUAUCAGCAGGAACAAGUGGGUGAAUGUCAAGUAGAAGUGGAAAGUGAUGUUCAAGAAACACAGCUAAAUACAGAACCAAGUUUGGACUCCAUGAAAUUGAACGUGGAACACAUGUUCAUGAGUAUGCUCGAUAGUGUCUCUAAUAAACAACAACUCAAGGAAAUUGAAAAUGCUUUACAUGAUGUGAAAGCUAAAAUGGAAGGAGUGAAAACUCAAAGAAAAAGCCGUAAAAGGCCAUCUGCAAAAGCGAUUCCUAGCCAUGAUUUACAAGAAAGUGUAAUAGAGGGCUUAAGAAAAAUCAAGAGUCCAAGAAAAAUGUUCAACAAUUAACCAUGUCAAAUUAUUUUGUAGAAAUCUCAAUCACCAACCAAUUUUACUUAAUGUGUUUAGUUUAUUUUAAGACGUCUUAUGCUGGCAAUUUAUGGAAUCGUCUACCACUUUCAAGGAUAUAAAAAAUGGCAGUGACCAAGCAGUUAAUAAAUCUGAUGUAAGAAACAAGACAAAAAUCAAGCUUCAAAAAUAAAAAUCAUGGAUAAAAGUGAACCAAUCAGCUCAAACAAUGGUGAACCCAGCUCAUCAGACGCUAGCCCAUUACCUUGGCCGAGUUUGUGGAAGAAUGGCCCUCGAAGAAGUGCAUUUCAACCCUACAAGCCAAGCCCCGCUCAGAGAGAGGUGACUGUGCCCCGCCCAGCCAGUACUACAGUGAUGACCAACCUGCAGCGGGGCAACAUACAGGCAGAGACUACCCCCGCCAUUUCUGAUCUUUCCUGGUUCACACUGGCAGGCAGGGGAGACAUCACGGAGGAACAGCUCCAAGAAAUGGUGGCUCAAGGCAAGGACUUGAAUGCUGUGGAUGACGAGGGUCUGAGCGCCCUGAUGUGGGCGGCUUACCACGGACAGAUCCACACAGUCAGUGCGCUGCUGCGGGUGGACGAUGGGCGGCUGGAGGUAGACUGGGCGGGUAUGUGGGGUGAGACUGCUCUCAUGUUAGCAGCUGGCCAGGGACACCUGGAGAUCGUGAGACUGCUAGUGUCUGCUGGGGCAGACGUCAACCAUCAGGAUCAUUGUUUCACUGUGUCACAGAGUGGAGAGACAGCAUUGAUGUGUGCUACACAAGGAGACCAUCCUCAUACUGUCAGUGAACUGUUGUCCAGUGGUGCCAACCUGACUGUCAUAAACAACAAUAGACUGCACAGCCUAAGUGGAGAGACAGCAUUGAUGUGUGCUACACAAGGAGACCAUCCUCAUACUAGUGGAGAGACAGCAUUGAUGUGUGCUACACAAGGAGACCAUCCUCAUACUGUUAGUGAACUGUUGUCCAGUGGUGCCAACCUGACUGUCAAAAACAACAAUGACUGUACAGCCUAUGACAUAGCGAUAGACCACCAGUCUCUCAGAUCCAAAACUGUCUUGGAGAAGUACAUGUUGUCACUGCUUACCAUCAGCUGACAGUCUCCUGGUAAAGCUACGUCCUUAAACAGCUGAUCUUUGAUGAAUUAGUCAAAAAUUUAUCCACUCUUAAACCACGCCAUCAAGAAAAUAUCCAUACAUAAUCUAACUAAUAUAAAUUAAAAUUAUCCAUAAGUUUAAAGAAAAAGAAUAUUUCAUACUUUGCUUAAGACGUUUUAAAAUAAUUGUAACACCUGAAAAAUUUAAAAAAAGUUAAUCUUUAUUAGUUUACCUAGACAUAGGCAACAAAUUGGUUUUAACUAAUUUGUAGCCUGGAUCUAUUUUUACUAAAUUAUUUUGUAGUAGAAAAUUUAACCUAAAUAUUUUUGUGUAUUGGUACUUAACACUUAGUUUUGAUGAAUCAGAACGUUGGUGGGCCUUACUAUUUUGUAAUUCGUUACACUAAUCAUGGCUCAAAAAUCUCAAUUUUAUAUUCUAAUUUAACUCUUGGUUUUUAUUUCCGAAGUCAGUAUGAACUUGUAUAUUGUGUAAAUAAAUAGCAUUUAGUACUUUUCUCUUCCAAUAUUGUUAUAUAUUGUACAUUAAAUUAUUUGUAAUGAAAGUA